UUGGUGCGUCGAUAAUACACGGUUUAUAGGGGACGGGUAGAAGUUGCAGGAUCCGUGCGUGAGCGCAUGCGCGCACAUAUAUAUACGCAGAGGAGGGUGUUAUACGAUUCGUGGACGUUUUUUGGACUUGGAGAGGGGCCAGUAGUGGGGGAGAUAGAGUAGGCUGUAUUAUACCCCAAUGUUCGAAGCGGCGCGCAAUCAACACGUUUAUACAGUGUUGUGUUCACACGUAGCACAGCGUUCCUAGCAUCUUCCUAUUUACCUCAUGUUGAUCCUACCUCACUGCAACUAGUCUUUCAAAAUAUAAAUAAAUAUAUUAUUAUUAUUGUUAUUCUACAGACUCGUAAAUUCACAGUGAAGAAUGGUAGGUUUCUAUCACAUGGAACGUAUCUCGACUGCCACAACGAUGUCGGUUUGCAACGAAGUGUCAACCGUAGAACCAGUGAAUCCGGUGAAGAGCCUGGUAUGCAGUCCGGAUUUAAGUGCAUUCACGUCAUCAACGUGUGGUAGCAAAACUCUACCGGCAAAUGUCGAAGAUAAGACUUACCAGUGUUUGCUGUGUCAAAAAAUCUUUGACCAGAAGAGUUUAUAUCAAAGCCACCUGCGCUCCCAUGGUAAAGAAGGCGAAGAUCCUUAUCGAUGUAAUAUUUGUGGGAAAACUUUCGCGGUACCCGCGCGAUUGACCAGGCAUUACCGUACGCACACCGGUGAGAAACCGUACCAAUGCGAAUAUUGCAGCAAAUCUUUUUCUGUGAAAGAGAAUUUAAGUGUGCAUCGUCGUAUCCAUACAAAAGAACGGCCUUACAAAUGUGAUGUGUGCGAACGUGCAUUCGAACAUAGUGGUAAACUGCAUCGGCAUAUGCGAAUUCACACUGGAGAACGGCCGCACAAGUGUACUGUUUGCUCCAAAACGUUUAUUCAAAGUGGUCAGUUGGUAAUUCAUAUGCGCACGCAUACUGGUGAAAAACCAUAUGUUUGCAAAGCUUGUGGCAAGAGAUUUACUUGUUCGAAACAACUGAAGGUGCAUACGCGUACCCAUACUGGGGAGAAACCGUAUACUUGCGACAUAUGCGGCAAAUCUUUUGGCUACAAUCACGUGUUAAAAUUGCAUCAGGUUGCCCACUAUGGUGAGAAAGUUUAUAAGUGUACAUCGUGUGAUGAGACAUUUGGUUCAAAGAAAACAGUGGAAAUGCACAUUAAAACCCAUACAGAAUUAUCUGUUAAUGGUUCUCCUCGAAACUCUCUGAUUGAGCCAGAGAUUGAGAUUUCUCAAGCCAACAGUGCAAAUACUGCCAGUGAUAAGGAGAACCAAAGGACUGAAGAACCAAGUGACGACAUUAUUACUUAUGACACUCCACAGGAAUUCCCAUAUUACAUAUACUCCAGAGAGCAGUAUUCGCAACCACUUCUAGUGCCAGGUGAAGACAGAUCUUUCCAAUCAACAUCUGUGGCUCCUGUCGAACAGCCUCAUUUGUUUCUGUAUCCAGAAGUUUCUCCGACAUACGCUGGUUUUGGAAUUCAGACCAAUGAUUUUGUUAGCGAUUGCUCUUCACUUCUGAAUUUACCAGGAAACGAUGCUCGUAGGCGAGUGGAAGCUGCGCUUGAAGCAGUCGAGGAAGAACGGCAAAGAGAGUAUGGAAUUAGGGUUGAAAGAGAACCAAUUUUAACUCCUCCUAGUAGUAACCCUGUGAGUCCUGUACCUUCGCCGGAUCCUCUUGAUUUGGCGAUUCCUGUAAGGGAAACAUUGAUUCUUCCACCACGGAAGCGGUGUAAAAAAAUAUUAGAGUCGAUGGAAAGUGAGAGGAGUGGCCUCAUCGCUGCACAGCGGCAGAACUCUGUUAUACAGUUUGCGAAAGCUUCAUAGCAAAGAAAUUAAAAAAAACUGAAAAAACAGUGGUACUUUGGUACAUGGAGAAAUGUGCAGGACUAGCGUACACAUUUAAAAUAGUGAUGGGCUUAAAAAAUUUGAAUGAUUAACAUUAGGAUUUAUCGAAGUGUUAAUAAAUUUGAAAUUUUGAAACAUGAAACUGGAAAUCAUUUUCACAGACAAUAGUUUUAUCAUAGAUGCAGUAUUUUUACUGCAUUCAAGAUUCUUAAAGAAGUUUGUGUAUUUUAAGACAAAAAUAAGAACUGAAUGCCCAUCGCUAACUAACUAAAAAGUUUUAUUCCACACAAAUAACACAAUUACAUUGUUGUGGAGUUUCACUGCAAAGUUUUACGAUCUGAAUUAGUUUCAUUGCCAAACUAUGUAAAUGGUUUUAUCAUCUUUGGAAUUUGAUUUUUUUUAAACUUUUAAACAUUUGGGAACAAAACACAAGAAACAUAAAAGAAACUAUGCAAUGAUAUUACUUUCAGUGUGAUUCAAGUAACAAAGAAUAUUUGAUUCAAACAAUCAAAUUGACAAUAAUCUCUUGUCGUUCUAAAUAAUGAAAGUUUGAAGAAAAUCAAAAAUUGCACUGAAGAAUUUCCUCUGUAAGCCUUAAACAAACCAAUGGCACAAUGUCCAGUAAAUUUACUGUUGUGAAAGAAUAAUCCAAAACAUUUUACAGUCCAGUAAAUGUGUGAUAGUGACCUCGUUAUUCAACUGAUUCUGAAAAUUAUUUACACAUGCCUCAGGGUGAACAUUGUAACAUACUUACAGUUAGAGCUUGCCAGCGAUCAAUCCUUCUUCACUUCUCAAUAUUUGUGUUUUAAUCAAAACGAACAAAAUCUGCGACUACUAAAGUAAUAAAAAACUGUUAGUUGCAAAAAUGAUACAAAAUUUAUAACUUAGAAAUGGUUACACAAACAACAUUCUAUUUAAUCAAUUUAGAAAAUAUGAAAGUAACCUCAGAUUUUUAAAUAUAGAAAAUUUAAAAUGAACAAAUCCAAAGAUCAUGUAAUUUUCAAGUUUAAAAGUUCAUUCUAUUUCUAAAUAGAUCUUUGGGUUUGUGUUACUGGAAGACAUUGUUUUCUUUGAUAUGAUAUUUAGCUGGCGUGCUCUGUGUAACGUUUUCGUAUUUCAUGUUAUAUGUAUGUUAGAUACGUGUGUGUGCGUGUGCAUGUAUAAAUUACUAUGAAUUAGCGACAAAAUAAUGAAGAUCGCGAGUCACUGUGGCGCUACUAGCAUCAAAGGCCUUGAAACGACGUUUUCGAAACUAAAUUAUUUUUUAAUUUACGUUUAACAUUUAAAUUUUGUUCUUACUUUAGAAAGCACAAAUUUGUUGAGAAAUUAUUUUAUUCAAAAUAAGUAGAAUGAUACUUAACAUAUAAUUUUAUUGUUCCAAAAAUUACGAAAAAUUAGAUUUCUUAACAAAUUAAAAAGUAAUAAUCGAACGCGUUGAUUUUUUCCGAAGCCUACGUCACUGUCAUCAAAAGUAAAUCUUUUUUUUUCAAGCAAUUUAUUUUUGUCCUUUUAAGGGAUUAAAUUUCGAUGUUGUGCACGUUUUAUAUGUCGUAAGAUUUUCUGAUUGCGUCGAAUAUUUAUGCAAAAAUCAAUUCCAAUUUCUUGCCAAAAUUAGCAAGACUGACAACAGUCUAAAGAGAAAUUUUGUUCUUUUCUUUGCGUAACAAGCUUCCAAUGGCAAAAAGUAAUAUUAAAAUACGUAAUUGCUCAAUUUUGUCGUCGUUAGAUUUCUAUUAUUAUGGAAUAUUUAAGUUACUUAUUUAAAUAAUUUUUCUUGUCAUUUUAUAAAUAGAGAACGAAAAACAGUAAAAAUAUUGCACUGUAAUUUUUCUAAAGAAUUCAUACAGUUUAUUUACUCUGUAAAAUUAAAUUUUAUUACAAAAAUCUAACGCAACGAAAUUGAAUUUACGUUUUGAAUGAUUGCGUUAAGGCCCCUUCUUACAUACUACAAUAUGCAAUAAUAUUCUUCAAUAUGCUGCAAUAUACAUACAACAAUAUCCUUCUUGUCAAAUAAUAAUUUUAUGAUUUAAAUACUAGAAUUGUUUUGCAACAAGAGGCCAUAACGUUCAUCAUAAUAAAAUUUUCGCAAAUGAUUAAAGUUUGUCAGCUAAGUUAAACUUUUGAGAGUCAAAAAUAUGAUCACGGCAACACAUUAAAUUCAAGUACAAAAGCGUUGAGUCGGAUUUGCGAUUCAUAAUCUUAGAGGAACAUAAAAAUGUAAUAUUACAUAUAUUUAAUUGCUGACGAGUAGUAUUGAUCACCUUGAGAGGCUCGGUUUUAGUGAAACAGAUCUUACUGGAGUAAAUGGUUACAGUUUUUAGUACGAAGGUGGAAUUGUUAAAAAAGAAAGUACCAAACAUUGAUAUCUCUGUGAUAAGAACUCCAUAAUGCCAGAGUAUUGAGGGGAGCUAUGCUCACUGCCAGUACAAGUAUGCGUGUAUAAGCAUACGUGCAAGUUUAAUGUUAAAUAUUACAUUGUAUUGUCACAAUUCAUAACUCAAAGCCACCUGUAUUUACAUUUGGCAUCACUCCAGUAUGACAUACAAAAUGUUUUAUAAACUAAGGACUAAAUUAGCAGAAGAUUCCAUUACUAAGGUAUUACAGUAUACUGUAUGUACAUACAUAUGUAUCAUAAAAAAGGAAAUUUAUACAUAUUUUAACAUGUCUAUGAUAAUACACAUUUUUGAAAGUAAAAUGUUAACAAUUUUCGAACUGUGGAAAAUUAUGUAGUACUUUAAGCUUUAUUUUUAAUUUGGAAAAUAUUACGCUGGAAUCUACUGUUAAUACUUGAUCAAUAGUUUAUAGAACGGGUUGCAUAUACACUGAGCCAUGUUCAUAUAUAUAUAUAUAAAUAUAAUUAGUAAUGUAAUAUUUAUAUAGAAAUCCAUGUAUAUUAUGUUUUUCUUUUCUUUUUUACAAAUAUAAUUGACACGUGGCCUAUUCUUAUUUGUUGAACAUUUAAGAUGUUUUAGGCGAUUCCUUUGUUAUGCGUGAAUUAUAUUCUCGUUAAUUGUAAUAACGUAAAAUUUAUGUGCAAUUGUAUGUUUAAGUUUUUGGGUCGCUUAGCUGUCCUAUUUUUCUUGUUUUGUUCAUUUCGCAGCAAAAGUUGUUUUUAAUUAAUUAAUUAAAUACUCAAAUAUUUGUUAUCAAUUUUAACAAUUGUUAUGUAUAGAAUUCGAAGCGCUUGAAAUUAGGUUGGAAUUUGAAUUUCCUUUGAGUCAUCGAGUAUAGGCCACGUGGUAGUGUGUAAAGGGAAAAAAGCAGAUGCAAAUUGUUAAGUAUUAUAAUAAUGACGAUAAAUAGAUUGAAAAGUGCGGGGAUAUGUUUAGUGUAAUAUUGUAAUUAUCUGUUAUUACUUAUUAUUUUUAAGGUAUACAAUGUGCAUGCCAAAUGGGACGUGUUUUGUCCCAUUAUUGUCGGCAUGUGGAACUGAUUACAUAUAAAAGAAGAAAUGUCAUUUUUGUAGAGAUAUGUUAUUUCAACGAGAAAAGAAAGCAAACUUUUGUAAGAGUGCAACAAGGACGAAAAUAUUUUUUUGUUUUACGCCCGCACGAUAAUUCAAUCACCAUUCGAAUAUAAAGUAUCAGUAAACAAACCAUUGUACGUGAAACGUACAGAUUUUUUCGUCCUAAAAGCAACUCACUGCAAUAAUCCUGAUUGUAAUUUAAUUUUAUUGUCAAGCAGCAUUAUAUUUUUUUUCUACAUUAAUAAGAAUUUUUAUUCAGGAGCCCCUGAAUAAUUGCUGGGCGCUAACAAUUGUAUUUCCUUUGUUUUAUCCCGCCAAAGUGCGUAUAAAUAAUUUAAAAUAAUAGUCGGUUUCCGACAGGAAAUAUAUUUAUUUAUUUAAUAUAUACUUAUAUCUAUAUAUUAUAUACAUACAUACAUAUGUAUUUUUGCUGAAUGUCGAAACAAAUUGUCAUGUACUCAUUGCAUUAAAAUAUAUUCUAUCGUAAAUGUUGUUUUU